AUGAGCAUCGUCUCGCUCCAGCUGCAGAAUGCCACUGUAGGAGCCAUAGAUAUCUUCUACGGUGAGAACCUACUGCUGGGAAUCCUAUCGGAUCUUUGUGAUGGGGCACUCGGCCUUGCUCCACCGAAUCGAACUUCUCUGUCAUAUUCUGGCGGCUGGGGCGGCGGCGUCAAGUCACACCCAAAUUUUCUUUACGAGUUGACAGCCAAUGGCACGCUGGCUCGCAAUAUUAUGACAUUGAGUCUGCCAAAAAGCAAGAAUGACAAAGGGAGGCUCGUUCUCGGCGAAGAAUCACCGCCAGCCAGAUAUCGUAUUCCGCUGAGCCACAAGCCUGUCACAGACGGGCUGGAGGAGGGCUGGAUAGUCGACCUCGACCGAAUCCAAUUCGUUGGUAACGCCAUCCCUUUGGACAUAUCAUUGAGCGCUGUCGCUGCCUUCUCCCUCGAGCCGGAUUUCACCAUUGCUUUACCCGGUGACUUAGUCGACGCGAUCUACGACUACCUCGGAGCGCGCUCAGGAGAGCAAUUUGACGGUGGACUUAUCGAUUGUGAGGUACGUGCGAGGUUGCCGAAUUUGACACUGACCUUGGGCGGUCAGCCGAUAACAUUGGAAUGGUGGGAAUACACCGGUGUGUGGCGUGAUCUUUUUGGUGGAUCAAGAUAUUGCCUGGUGGAGAUACAGCGUACACAUUAUUUCGACAAGGAAAGCGCAAUGCUUGGAUUGUCGUUACUGAAGAAGUUUGAUAUAUCCUUCGAUAUGGAGCGCAACGAGAUUGGACGUGAGUUCAUUCUGAUAAACCCAAACAGCGAUGAGACUGACAGUCAGGAAGUGAUUGAGCCAUAA